AUGGCUAUGGUUUAUAUUCAAGUAACUUAUGUCGAACCAUAUUUCGAUACAUCGGAAUUACAACAUCGUCCAACACAUUUCGAUCGAAAUUAUAAUCUUAAACGUUUUAUGUAUGCGUCACCAUUUACAAUGGAUACAAAUCGUGCACAUGGUUCAUUACCUGAACAAUAUAAACGUAAAACAAUUUUAACUGUUGAACGUGCUUUUCCAUAUGUUAAAACACGUAUUGGAAUCAUUGAUCGUGAACGUUUAAUUCUAAGUCCAAUUGAAGUUGCUAUAGAAGAUUUACAAAAGAAAACUGAUGAAUUACGUAUAGCUAUACAACAAGAACCAGCUGAUCCUAAAAUUCUUCAAAUGGUUAUACAAGGUUGUAUAAGUACUGCUGUUAAUCAAGGUCCAUUAGAAGUCGCAAAUAUUUUCUUAAAUCCAAUUAUGAAUGGAUUAGAAUUACCAAAUAUUCAUCAUAAUCGUUUACGAUUAUUUUUUAAAGAAUUUACUCGAAGACUUGCUGAAGCAUUAAAACGAAAUAAAACAUUAAUUCAAGCUGAUCAACGUGAAUAUCAAAAAGAUCUUGAAAAUAAAUUUACAAAAUUUACUGAAAGUCUUCAACCACUUUUAUCUGCAUGUAAGCAAUCAACAAUUAUUGAAACAACUUUAACAAAUAAUAAAAGAAACAAACGUCGAUAUCAAUUAGUUACUCUAGGUUCUUUUACUAAAAAAAAAACAAAAAAGAAAAUUAUUUACUUACAAAAUGCUUCUAAUGCUAAAUAA